UAGUGGGUUGUGACAUUUGUACGUAAAAAAUGUUUUAUCAGUGGUAUACGAGAAAACAUUGAAAAUAAGGAAUAAAUAACCGAUAAUGGGAGGGGGACUUCGAUCUUAAAAGAAUAUCGAGUUAAACUACGAAACAGUCAAAAUAAGUGAACCAUGAAGCUCGCCAUUGUAUUGCUGCUAGCGGGAGUUUUCCUGGUACAUCGGGCCGAAUCACAAUUAUUGCCAUUACCAAAACCGCUUGAAACUGUCGUGAAAAUCGCAGCAAAACCGCUAACAUUCACAGUAAAGUUGCUUACAGAGCAAUUCAAUAACUUCAAGAGCAAAUUUGGCAAAAAGUAUGCCACUCCAGAAGAAGAAAAGAAGAGAUUAGAGAUUUUCUCCGUCAAUUACGAAAAAAUCAAUCAACUCACGCAAAUAGCAAACUUGCCAUUUUUGGCGAAAGUGAAUCAGUUUUGCGAUUUAAUAUCAGCAGAAUUCAAUAAGCUUCUAAACGGUUUGAAAAUUAAAGCGUAUUUCCGAGUGAAUCGUCCUGUAAAGAAGUACGUCCCUAAAAAUGAACCUGUAGUAGAUCAAUUUGAUUGGAGGGACAAGGGUGUUGUUACUUCGGUUAAAAACCAAGGCGAAUGCGCUUCGUGUUAUGCAUUCGCAUCGGCCGCUGCUGUCGAAAGUCACAUUGCUAUUAAAACAAAAAAACUUCAAGACAUCAGUCCACAAGAAGUACUAGAUUGUUCGCUGGUGGAACCCUAUGAGAACUACGGUUGUGACGGUGGUUCAUUGGAGCCAGCCUAUGACUAUAUUAAGGACAAAGGACUUGUCACUGACGUGUCCUACCCCUACACUGCAGAAACUGGAGAUAAAUGUCAAGCAAAAACAGAAAAUGUGGCGGCCAACAUUCAAUCGUACGUUACGAUCGAAGAAGGAGACGAAAAUGCGUUAAAAGAGGCAUUGCAUAAUAUCGGCCCGAUUGCUGUCGGUAUGGAUGCUUCCUCUGAAAACUGGCAAUUUUAUGGUGGUGGAAUAUACUACGAAAAGGAUUGCAAAUCGUCCAUCGAAUAUUUAAAUCACGCCGUGUUGUUGGUCGGAUAUGGCGAGGAAAAGGGGCAGAAAUAUUGGAUUGUGAAAAAUUCUUACGGUGACGAAUGGGGAGAAAAGGGUUACGCAAGAAUUUCCAGAAACGAAACCAACCACUGUGGAAUUGCUAGUUAUGCAGUUUAUCCAGAAAUGUAAUUUUUUACAUCUUUUAAAAAAUAAUAUACCUAACUUUACAAUUCUUCUGUUUUACUUUAUUUACUUAAGACUUUAAUCUAACGCUUUCUAUCUACUAUUUACGUGUCUUAAAAAAUUAUAUUGCAUCAA